AUGGCGCACCUCCGGAGACAAGACAGCUUCGAUGAUUCUGACUAUGAGUCGUGUCCGGUGGGAGGUCAGUGGUGGACGUGUGAAGAUAUCAACUAUCCGACAUUCAUCGGAUGCUGUUCCAGCAAUCCCUGCUCCGGUCAGAUGUGCCCUCAGGACAACUUGUAUCCCAUGGGCUUUGGUUCAGUCACAACUCCUGUGCCAGACUAUCCCAACCAUUCCUGUCCAUAUGGCGGACUGUGGUAUACUUGCGCCGACAAUACUGUUACCUUCCAAGGCUGCUGCGACAGCAAUCCGUGCAAUGGCCAAGGCUGCCCUGCCUCCGAUCUACGACCUGCCGGUGUUCAUACGGUUGUCGUGGCUGGAAGCUCAACCUUCACAGUUCCCUCCUCCGUUGCAACGACGAGUUCAGCGUCCGUCCCCUCCGCCUUUGCUACGGCCACAUCAAGCACAUCGUUGCCGCAACCAGUCUCGAAACCAGUUGACACAGCUGCCAUAGCAGGCGGCGCCGCUGCCGCUGCAGUAGCCUUGACGAUUGUCGCUGUACUAGUGGCCUUUUGCGUCGUGCGGCGCCGAAGAAUGAAACAGUCUCUGCAAGAAUCUACUGAGCCUGGACGAGAGCCACAAGAAUACAAACCAUUUUACAAAGAUCCCUUCGGUGGAGUCUUGACACCGCUUCCUCGAUACUCAGGAAGUCCUUCGACCAUGCACGGUCCUUUCUCGCCUGCCCCUGCUUAUUACUCACCCCGAGCACCUAAGUCACAAGAUGGAGAGCCUCAAGAGAUCAUGGGACUCGGCCUGACCGCCGACGAAUUCAAUCGGCGCCACAAAUCCAGAUCGCCUGUUCACCACAGCACCGACGGCCCCAUUGAACUUGCCACCCACCGCUUUUCAUCGAACCGCGCCGAUGCAGAGGCGGGAAGCCCUCUUCUCCGGUCAAAACCGAAGGACAAGCCCAUUAGACGACAAACGGUAGAUGGAGAAGCAGAUACUCGAUCGCGACUACGCAGUCGUGCAGCAGUGGAUGACUUGCGCGCAGAAGUGUCACGGAGUCCGUCAAGAGGCCCAGCACGGGGGUUCGAUCCCGACGACUGA